AUGGGGAAGCCUGGAUGUUUUGUUCCUGAAAGAAGACCCCAACUUGUCAACACUAUUCUCAAGGUUUCAGGCACCAGCAUUUCUAAAUUCUGGCCCCAGCGAGAAACUCCAUCCCGGGUCCGGACCCUUGAAGACCUUGGAGGCUCUGCUCGGCGCCGAGGUCUUUGGAUUGCGGGAUGCCACAGGAAUCCCAGCCUCAGCACCGAAGGCGACAGCCUCUCGGUGUGGGCAAAGACAGGUCCUGCUAGGGCCUGGUCAGAGUUCGCUGACGGGUCCGAUACCGGGCCCACCCAUUCAGUACUUCAGCAAUCAAUUGGACCCACCGGGAAGGACAAGGUUAAAAUUAUAGGGGCCACCAGGGAAGCAAAGAGUUACUCAAAGUCUAUAGGAAGAGUCGCUGGCCCGAGUCUAGAGACCAUUACCCAUUCCUUCCUGGUAAUUCCCGAAUGUCCUGAGCCACUGCUGGGGAGAGAUCUCCUACAGAAACUGCAGGCCACCAUUACCUUUGAUGCUGACAAUGGGCCAACAGUACAAGCAGGCGGGCAGAUCUUGCUUACCAUGCCAGCAAGAGAAGAAUACCGCCUCUAUGAAACCUUAAAAGAUGCCAGUAAUCAAGAGUUGUUGGCACUAUGGAAGCAGGAGAUGCCGAGAGUAUGGGCUGAAACCAACCCCCCAGGGCUGGCCAAGCAUGUGACUCCCGUAGUAGUACAACUAAUCAGUUCAGCUACCCCAGUUCGAGUCCGACAGUACCCAAUGAGCUGGGAGGCUCAGUAUGGUAUCAGGAGCCAUAUUCGACGCAUGAGGGAGGCUGGCAUCUUGGUACCCUGCAAAUCAGCAUGGAACACCCCCCUCCUUCCGGUUCGGAAGCCUGGGACGAAUGACUUUAGACUGGUGCAGGAUCUGCGUGAGGUAAACAAGAGGGUAGAGACUAUUCAUCCUACAGUCCCCAACCCUUAUACUCUCCUCAGUCUCCUGCCACCCGAUCAAACAUGGUACAGUGUUUAGGACUUGAAAGAUGCUUUCUUCAGCCUCCCCCUAGCCCCACAGAGCCAGCCUAUCUUUUCCUUUAAAUGGAUAGACCCCGAAGAAGGUGAGUCAGGACAACUGACUUGGACCCGACUUCCCCAAGGUUUUAAGAACCCUCCCACUCUGUUUGGUGAAGCCCUCAGAAAGGACCUGCUGACAUUUCGGAGCGAGCACUCUGAGUGCAGCCUUUUGCAGUACGUGGAUGGCCUACUGAUUGCUGCAUCCUCUCGGGAAGACUGCGAAAUAGCAACUAGAGACCUGCUCGAGGUAUUGGGGAACUUGGGGUACCGGGUAUCUGCCAAGAAGGCCCAGCUGUGCACUCAGGAAGUAACCUAUCUGGGCUAUCAGAUCAAGGAGGGGCAACGGGCCCUGUCCAGAGGAAGGAUCCAGGCUGUCCUAAAGAUCCCGACCCCCACUUCAAAGAGACAAGUCCGAGAAUUUUUGAGAGCGGUGGGCUACUGUAGGCUAUAG